UUCGUCAGAUUUUUUAAAUAAAUUUUUUUUGCACCGUAUUUUUUAUUAUCAUUAUUAAAUAUAUAGAUUUUACAUUGUAUGUGUUGUUAAAUUUGUUCUGAAAGUUGUGGAAAACUUGCGUCUGACUUUGUAAAAUCGAAAGCAUGUGCUGUGAGACCUCAUGAACGCGAGAUGGCGCGCGUUCACAGCUUCAUAUCGUCGUCGUCAUUCCCGUGUGCGCGCGAAAAUUGUAGUAUUUUAUAAACAAUUUUCAUGCUCAAAAUUCACUCUCUUCAAAUACUUUCUGUCAGAAUUUGCGUUUUUAGCCGAAAGAUAAUACAGUUACCAUUAGAACGAUUAAAUACGGAAUAGUUUGUAUUCAGCAAAUAUUGAAAUAUUUUUCAAGUAAUAAUUAUUAAAAUAAUAAUUAAAAUGAAGUGCCUAAUUGAAGGCAACGGCAUUAAAGUCUUUGGGAAAGCAGUCCAUGCCCUGUCAAGAAUUGGUGAUGAAAUGUGGCUGGAUCCACUGGAGAAAGGGUUGGCUAUUAGGUCAGUCAACACAUCUCAGUCGGCAUAUGGCUGUUUCUUCUUCACUUCUCUGUUCUUCCAGCAAUAUAUUCCAGACUUUGAUGAUCAACAUGGCUGUGAAGUGGCAAAAUGCAAAUUAAACAUGAAGUGUGUACUUCCCUUGUUCCGUUGUGUUGCAUGGAGAGAUCGCAGUGUGGACAGAUGUGAGAUAUCCAUCAGUGUCCCUGAUAACAGGGUGAUAUUUCAAUUCCACUGCAGACAUGGAAUAAUGAAGACCUAUAAUUUGGGCUAUCAGGAAUGUGAUGCUUUGCAGGCCGUGUUUCCAACUCACCUCUGUCCAAAUGUCCUGACAGCCCAGCCCAAACUUAUGGGUGAUCUUAUGGUGCAUUUCCCAAUUUCACAAGAAGAGAUCACAGUUUCCAUAUCAUCUGUUAAAGUGACUUUGAAGACCUACUGUGAGGAAGAAAAGAGCUGUGUUAAAGGUAUGAACACUGAGCUAUCACUGCACCCGGAUGAGUUUGACUAUUUUCAGGUUGGAGUGGAUUCAGCCGUAACCUUCUGCCUCAAAGAACUAAGGGGGCUUUUAUCCUUUGCAGAGUCGUAUGGUGUACCAGUGUCUGGUCACUUUGGUGUAGCUGGAGAACCUGUUUCCUUCGGUGUAGAAGACAUGAUGCUGGAGGCCAGUGUUGUGUUGUCCACCCUAAAGGAUCUAAAGAACAAUAGCCCAUCCCAGGUCACUGAGGAUCAGGUGGCACCAACACCUGGGAAUGACAGUGCUGUUUGUCCCGUUGACACCCCCAAGAAUGCUGUAGCAGGUAUCUCGUUAUGUGAGGGUCCCAUGGAGGCAGAGGUUGCUGAUGUUGAACUUUUGGAGGCUUGUAUUGUUGAUGUGGAACAGAUACCUUCCAGCCAGGGCAGUGGAUUCUUCAGCCCAGCUCUUCAUAUGAGGGAGAUGAUCCAGCUCCAAACAUCUGGAGAGACCCAGCCAAGACAGAGUUUGGGUCCUGGAUCUGUCUUGACUACACCAAUAACACCAGCCACUUUUAGGUUCCGCUCUCUGCUCUUUGGGGACUUAUUCAGUGACAAAAGCAAUGGUAAUACUGUGGAUUUACCCUGCCUGGUGUAUGCAAGUGACACGGAGGAGGAAGGAGGAACAGAGGAGGAACUCGUCUAACAGGACAAGAUUACCUUUCGCAGGUAACACCUCUACAAGGACAU